AUGUCCGCAAACGGGGCGCAACAUGAUUCCCGCUCGAACGAGGAUCCAGGCGAAGUAUGGCGACGCCGCUACUCUAUGGGACGAGAGGACAACGAGGACACACUAUGGGACCAGCUAUCAGUACGGCAGUACAGGAUGCUGAACCCGUGGGAAUACAUCGACUUUGAUUGGAUGCCCGCCGCUGGGUAUCCACCGCUCGUGCUGUUUGGUGCUUCCGAUGAGACCUGCGAGGUCAAAUGCGCGCUUGCACAUGUCAUCUGGGACGAGGACGUUACAACCCGUACACCGGACGAUGUACAACGUCUCGAGGACGUAACUGCCGAUACGCCUUCAACUCCCCUGGCUCCAGCCAUUGGACAAUUCUCUUUCAAAGCAGUGCCCGGGCUGAAAGAAUGGGCGCUGGCCGACGAUGGCAGCGGCGACGACAAGAUGACUUGGGACCGGUAUUGUUUCCACCGCGUCGAUUACAACAAGUGUAACCGCGACGUCGUCGAGUUCGAGAAGAGGAUUGGAAAGGAUCUAGUCGAGUGUGGAGGCCAGAAGUGGGCGACGCUUGCCCAAGACAGGAGAUGGGACUGGCUUAGGGACGCACACGAACGGAGGGAGAAGCUUAGAGUCGGUCAGACGCCGAAGAAAGUGAAGAAAGAGGACUGGUAG